AUGGGACUAACACGCUACGCCAAACUGACGGGACAGGGCGGCCUGGUUCAGAGUGAUGUGAUGUCUGAAUAUUUGGAAUUUCUCUAUUCCCUGAAAAAGUACAUGCCGUUCCAAGCAUACGGCAUGCCAGUCGGAAUCUCAAUCUCUCGUCCGGAUGAUCUGGAAUACAUGGGACUGCAGCACCACGUGACCAUCGACUACACAUACCCGAUUGUCGACAAUAUCUACAUGAUGGGCAAGAUCGCUGGCGCCCAUAUGCUCGGCGAGCUGUACGCCAGAGGCCUGAGUGUGUGCGACAAAAUGAUGAUGCAGGUGUCCAUGCCAGCAAGCUGGGAGUAUUGUGUAUUCAGUAGUCUGCUGGUUCGUGGCUACAAGGACUGUGCCAAGAAUGCGGGCGCCCAGUGGGCGGGCAAUCGCCAUUUCCGAUGGCCCACAAGCUGCAUAAUUGGCGGUAUCGCCUCCACCCACUGCCAGCCGAAGGAGUACAUUAGUCCGGAUAAAGCGGUCGCUGGCGAUGUGUUGCUGCUCACCAAGGCCCUGGGCAUCCAGGAGGUGCUCAAUGCCCAUGAGUGCAUGAAGAAGAAGUCGGAACGUUGCGCACAGUGGCUGCGCCUCAGUCAAAUUGUCUCCGAGGAUGAGGUGCGUGCCGCUUUUCUGCAGGCCAUGCGGUCGAUGGUGCGUCUCAAUCGAGUGGCCGCUCGCCUCAUGCACAAGCACAACGCACACGGGGCCGCCCAUAUUGGCUUCCUUGGUCUGCUGGCAUAUGCCCAGUCCCUGGUCGCUGUCCAAAAGCAGGCCGUGUCGUUUGUCAUUGAUACGCUGCCGGUGAUCGGCAAGAUGGCAGCCGUGGCCAAAGCCAAUGCCAAUGCCAACGGCGACAAAUGCCCGCUACUGCAGGGUCUUUCGGCUGAGACUUCGGGCGGUCUGCUCAUCUGCAUGCCACGCGAGGAUGCCGUUGCCUUUUGCAAGGAUAUCAAGAGAGAGGAUGACUACCCGGCCUGGAUCAUUGGCCGCGUUGAGAGUGGCAACAGGAAGGCCACCAUCACUGAGAAUCCCUCUGUUAUAGAUGUAUAUUUUCCAUAA